AUGGUCGUCCUUAGCGCUUGCCACACUGCCCGUGGAAAGAUCAGCAUCGAAGGAGUCCUUGGAUUGGCAAGAGCAUUUCUGAUGGCUGGUGCAAAGUCCGUUGUUACAGCUCUGUGGGCCAUUCCUGACAGUGCAACUAUGAUGUUCAUGGAGAAAUUUUACAGAAAUCUUCGUGAAAUGCGUGUUGGCGAUGCCUUGUCUACAACUAUGUGUCAGAUGCAAGACGAAGAAUGUUUCAAACAUGUCAUCCAAUGGGGCUCGUUCAAGGUCCUUGGCGCAAAUGUGAAAGUAUCACUUCCCAAGUAG